AUGUAUUUGACCGGCUUCGACUGCAUCUUCGAAACCGGCAACCUUGAGAACGGAUGCGAUGUUAUGAGUGAAAUCAAAUUUGAUAAGAAAAAUGUACAUGUAAAGUGGGUAUGGAUGACGAAAGAGGCACUGAAGAAACUCUGCCGAGAACAUGACCUGUAUUCCGUGCCCGCGCUCAACGACGUCCUCUACCUCCACUUCAAAGGCUACACGGAAAUAGAAAACCUCGAGGAGUACACGAGCCUCAAGUGCCUCUGGCUGGAGAACAACGGCUUCCGCGCCAUCACCGGCCUCCACCACCUCCGCCACCUCCGCUCCCUCCACCUCCACCACAACCUCAUUACCUCCUUGGAUGGACUUCAGAACCUGCGCUCCCUCGUCACGCUCAAUGUCUCCUAUAAUAUGAUUUCUAGGAUCGAGUACCUCAGUGGUCUUCCCCAGCUGGAGACGUUACAGAUAAGCCACAAUCGCCUCACGACGGCAGAGGACGCGCAACAGCUGGCUGAGUGCAGUUCCCUCUCCUGUCUUGACCUUUCACACAAUAAGAUCAAUCAAGCGGAGAUUGUCCAGGUCUUGGGUGUCAUGCCAGAGCUCCGGGUGCUGCAGCUAACAGGUAACCCGGCGACCCGUGAGGUGCGACCAUACCGCAACACCCUCAUCACAACUUGCUGCAACCUGACCUACUUGGACGACCGCCCUGUCUUCCCAGUGGACAGAGCCGCUGCCGAGGCAUGGCUUGAAGGGGGAGUAGAGGCUGAGAGAGCCAUGAGAAGGCAGUGGGCAGAGCGAGAUCACCAACGUCAGAGAGAUUGUGUUAACGCUGUUAUGAGGCUUCGGGAAAGGGUAUUGGCCCAGAAAGCUGCGAAGGCCGAGGGGACGUCGACAGGACCUGAGGACAUGGGCAUCCACGUUGAGGACAACGGGGAGGAGAAGAUAUACGCUCUCACGCCAGAGGCCAAGGAAUGGGCAAAGAAGAAGAUCAACGAAAUAAAGGAGUUAGUGGAGAUCCAAAAGGAAGAAAAGGACAAACCAACGAAGGAUGAAAACGAGGAAAACAAAGGCGAAGCAGAGGACACGGCGCAAAUCAAGGAGAAAGAAGAAAGAGACGAAAAUAUCCCCGAUGACGAAGGUUUUCUAAAACUUCUUGAGAAUCUGAAAGAAGAUCCAGGAAAUCUGAAUGGCGAAUUGUCUAUUGAUCCUGAGGAAUUCAGUGCCGUUGACUCCACUAAACCGGAAAUUAAAGAAUCGGCCGAACACAAAGACAGUGAUAAAUCCCCGCGUCCUGAUGACACAGCGCUACGUGAGGAUAAGCCAAGCGAACCGGAAGACGGCAAGAGAGCUGAAACGUCAGGGAAAUGCCUCGAGAGCGAAGGAAUAACAAAUGUCGAAAUAUCCGCAAGUUAUGAACAAAAGCCAACGGAAAUGGAUGUAAAUCAGGAACACGACUCUGAAGUGAAACCAACAGGGUCAGAAACUUUGCAAGAUCGAUCCUUGCAAAUAAGUUCUUCUGACCUUGCAAUGGCGGAUGACGAGUGCUCCCAGUGUUCGUCCACAUGUCGACACCAAGACGAGGAUGACAGACUUCUGUACGCGAGUUGCCAUAACUUCCUCAGACUCCACGACACCAUGAGGGAAGAGCAAACAGAAGAGUCUCGGCCCAUGACCACCGAAGAACUGCUAGGAGACAUCUGGCACGUCACCGAGGCUGUGGCCCAACGCAGCCCAUCUCCCUCUCCGUUAGACGUUGAUCAAGAAUCAGACUCGGAUGGCCAGGGAUAUGUCCGUCAACUCGUUUACGAUCAGAAUCAGCCUCACGAGACGGAAUCUGACAUAGAAGAACUACUGGAAAACAUGGACUUCGAACCAGACUUCCAGUCAUACCGAGAAGACCAACUAGCAGAGAGAGCUCCCUCUCCCUUCGUCGUCAGAGAAAAUGGGAUCACAGCAAGGUACCCGCAGGCCCUCAGUAUGAACGAUAUUCUUGAUGAUGAUGACGAAGACGAUGACAACGAAGAUGAUGGCAACGCCGACGGGAACUGGAUGGACCAGACGAGGAGGAACAUCAUGAAUGAUGAGUGGGACGAAGUGGAAGAACAGAGUGAGGAGGAAAGCGUGCGAUCAGAAGAAGCAAGCUCAGAGGGUCUCCAGGAAUCGGUCUCCCCGCUAGAGGACUCCGACGAGAGCAGAGACGAAAGUUCGCUUGAAGAAGAAACAGUCAGUUCUGUGUCCACCAAUUCCUACAAAAUCGAACAUAACAACGGUCUCCUCUUCUACGAACACCCAAUUCGACAGCAAGGAAGACUGGACAGGAAAUUUGAAGGAAACACCGAAGAAAACCAGAAACGUGAAGAGUCCUCCUCUUCCUCCUCUUGCUCAAGCCUCAGUGUGUCCUCUUUGAACGAUCCCUCCAUCGUGGAGGAGAUUAUGAAAGUCCCUUGUUACAGCGCUCAAAGAGGAGAGUCAUCGGAGAUCGCUGCGAGAUCACAGUUGCCCUCGGGAGGAAGUGCAUCACUAAUAGCCUCUGCAUCUGGAAUCAAGCUUUCUAAUCAUCAACCUCAAUCUCGAGAAACAACUUUCGAACACGAACCACGGACUGCCCUCUCCAUCAAGCCCGGAACUUCGAGCCAAGGGAGCACGCCAGCAUAUCGCCAAGACGUGCUAGACGCCGGAACAACAGUGAGUAAUGCGUCAAUCUUCCCCGUACAGAGACAAAAUCCUUCCGAAAGUCCCGAGGGAGCCGCAAGACAAGUCAGAUAUGAUCGAGAAACAUUAGCUGGAAACGAGAGUCUCAUAUCCCCUUCGUCGUCGUCUUCUCGCCGACGCGAGACAAUCUUCAGCGCCAGGGCUGCUCUCAGAAGUUCGCACGAGGCCUUCGUCGCCGGCCAUAACAUGAUAUUAGCAUUACCUCUGGCUAACGGAAGUGAUAAUUGUUUUAUGCAUCUCAAUUUGCAUGACCUGCAUUAA